AUGGCACAGCGCUCUGUGCGGCAUCCGAAAGCAUUUCUAGGAGGAGAGAAUGCGUUGGAUGCUACCGUGGAAUACAUUUGGAAGGUCUUGUUGGCUGGCAGCUUACUGCGAACGUAUCCGGCGGAGGAUCUUAACUCUGUGAGAGAUGAACUUAAAACUUUUCUCAGUGAUGCAUUUGAUGGCGUUUUCCCAGGGAUCCGCAUAGGUCGGGAUCUCCUGACCGAAGAGGCUAUCCUGGGUUUUGAGGAGGUCGUUGUUGCCAUCAUUGAUGAUCAGCAGCUCGCGGGUCCAACGGCUUUGGUGGAGGCGAUUCGUCAAGUCUUAAGCCGCAAAGAAGAUCGCCGGAUUGCAGCUUUUUUGGCAGAGUUGGAAGAGGCGGUGUGCACCAGAAGCCUCAUUGAUGAGAUGGAGAAUAACGACGACGACGAGGACAAAAUCCAAUUUGGAUCUGCGGUACAAAGCCUCCAUCUAGAUGACAGGGAAGAGGAGAUCGAUCCGGAGGAUGUGAUCACAGAUCGGCUAGAGCCACUGGUGUUGUACGAGUCGCAAGUCGUGGAAGUUCAACACUGUUGGAAGCGUUUCAUAUCCCACUAUGAACAACCAGACUAUGCGGGCGAGGCUGUCUUCGCUUCCAUUCUGGAUUCGGCACCAUCUUUGCAAAGUCUCUUCAAAACUCCAAAGUUGGUUGCAGCAAAGUUCAUCUCUGGACUUGACAGGAUUGUUGCCAAUCUGAGAGAUUCCGCGAGCGUGUUCAACUUGGUGGAACAGAUGGGCUUUCAGCACUUCCAGCUGGACGUAAGCAUUCCGCGGAUCGCAAUUUUUCGGGAAGCGCUUGUAGAAACAAUGGGCGCAGACUUGAAUGCGGAUUUUUCGCCUGUGGCGGCAUUGGGUGUCCAGCGGCUGAUGAGUUACGCAGGUGGGGCUUUCAUUUUUAUCCGAGAGAACUAUGCGAAGCGUCUACAGCUGAUCAGUCGAACCUGGGCCAUUGCCUCGGGUGUUACUGAUGAGGAAGCAGCAGAGAAGGACGAAGUCAUCCAGGAGGAGGCUCCUGUGGAAGACGACUCAGACGAUGAUAGGCUGUCCAAAGGUGCCAGCGAAGUCCCUGCUGCCUCCAGCUGCUGUGCCAGGCUCUGUGGUAAGUCACAAGUUGCAAAAGCAGCACAUGGAGUCGAAGAAGAAAGUUACCUCAAAGCAAUUGAGGAGGGCUACCAGGCCAUCCCCCGCAACUUCGGAGCGAUGUUCCGCUUCAACGCGGCGGUCAUGGGCGUCAGCCGGCAAGACUGGAUGUACGAGGUCUUGGACUCGUUUGAUGCCAUUGUUCGCUGCAUCUCCCAGUCUGCUCGCCUGCAGGUGGAAUGUGACAUCGUGUCCUUGCGCAUCGCGCAGAUCCGGGGUGAAGUGAAAUUCAGCAACUUCAAGGCGGUCAUGCUGUCGACCUUGCGGUCUUUGUUUCCGGAGGAAUGGGGACCUCCCUACGAAGAAGCGUGGAACUGGCUGUGGAGCACCGUGGAGCGGCUGCUCCGUAAGGAGUUGAAGAAGCCUCGAGUGCGCGAGCGUCUUCUGGGCCGCUUCUUAGGAUCUAUGGACGAGGAACUGGCAGACAAGAUUCGAGAGCAGGCCUACGACCGCUUCUUCGAACUUGCGCCUGCGGGACAGGAAUACUUCAAGCAAUCCGCAACACGAUUGAACUAUAUUGCUGAUCGCGCCAUGGAGCUUUCACAUGAUCUCUACAAGGAUCCAUGCGCUACGGUGGAUGAGAUUGCAGCCCUGGGUCUGCGACACGUGGGUUACGCUGUGCCGGUGGAACUCUUUGACCCCUUCGUCGAAGGUUGGAGAGAAGUUCUCGUGGAGUUGACCAGCGAUGCAGAUUUAGUGGAUGCAUUCCACUGGUCCUUUCGCCUGUUGGCUCAACUCCUGGUGAGGACAAUCCAGCAAGGAGCUACGCUGGUGAUGCGGGCCAUCAGUACCAACAGUGGGCGACAGGUACGGAAAGCUUUAUCCUACGCCCCAAGGAAGAAACGGUCGCUCUGGGUCUUGAAUGUCACUGUUGGCUCCCAGUCCAUCUCACCACUCUUGGUGUCCAUUGAGAGUGGCAAUAUGGAAGCGGCCAAGACCAUGUUGCAAGACCUCAUGGUGAUCAGAGCUGAUCGAGCCAGGUACUACUAUGGUCUUAACGACCUGUUCAAGCGACAUCCAGAUAUGGUGGAGAUCCUCACACAGACGGCACCGGAGCUUUUGCCCACGAUGUUGGAUGGAAUGAUUUGGAGGUCUCGCACCGCUGUGGGGGGCAUGCGACGGGUCAACUACUACUUGAAGCACCUCUUGGUAGAUGAAGAGGGCCGCUUCGCCACAGCCAUGAGCUCCGUGGUGAAACUUUCAGAUCCCAAUCUCGCGGUGCAUCCACUGCUUGAGACCUUGUGCGAUAUUAUGUGGACAGACUUGGUACAUUGGCGCUUUCUGCGAAGUAAGCUGCGGCUUCUCCUGACCACUGUGAUUUUUAUCCUGGGCCAAUCUGUGCUUCAUCAUCUCGACGGUUCAAUGGCCAAUCGCAUCGCAACCUUCGCUUGCAGGGUGUUGAUCUACCUCUACUUCAUGGUGGGGCUCAUCUAUGACCGGGCAAGACAUGUCUAUCAGGCAAUCAAGAAAAGGCACCUCACGAUGGUUGGUGGCAUUCGAGUACCGAGGAAGUGGGUGGAAGACUGGCAAGAAUGCGUCAGUUUGAUCUUGACAGUGCUUGUGGUAGUGAUGUUUUACUUGGAGCCAGUCAUCUACUGUCUGCAGAGUGAUCAUGGAAGCUUCACACAGAACUGUGACCAGGCGAAGAGUUUGCAAGAGCCUUACCAGAUCCUGUCCAUGCUGGCCAUCCUGCUGCAAUUUUCCCUCAUCAUCGAUGUGGCAACAAUUUCCACGAGGUUGUCUUCGUGGGUGCUGCUUGCUGGUCAUGUUCUGCCAGAGUUUGUCAUGACGUGUCUCGCCUGUGCGUUUCUCAUCCUGACUUUCAGUUGCAGUGUGUCUGCUUCCAGUGAGAAUCCAGAGGAUUUCGAUAACAUCUUUGGGUCCAUGAUGAGUUUCUUCAAGUUGACUGUGAGUAUGUACCCUGCAAGCAGCUUCGUUGCUCUGGAGGACAGCAUUUUGGUCCUGUUCAUCACAAGCUGUUUUCGAUUGAUCGUGAUUUUCUUCCUCAUGAAGCUGUUGAUUGCCCAACUCACUUGUGAGUACCGGCGCAUCUACCGCCUCAUGAUGGGGCACGCUCGUCUCUGCGAGUUUCAAAUUCAUUUGUGCUGUGAUCCGCAGCUACCUUUUAGCAUUUGCCCAACGCUGCUGACUUCAGCGAAUGGCGAAAACCCUUUGAGCAGCCGCUGUUUUGCAGGCGGGAAGACGGUGGAGGUGGCGAGAAGGGCAACACCAGCAGAGCUGGAGGAAGGCAACAACCAGAUCCUUCAAGCCCAACAGAGACUUGACGCAGAAAUAGCAGCAGGUUCAGAAAAGGCAAUAGAAGAUGAGAAGGGUCUGGAAACCAAGGUUUCAGAGUCCCCCAAAUCACCCGUGAAGGAAGAGAGUUUGGGAAGAGAGGAAGAGCCUAGAAGUUUUCCAACCUCAAUCAUCCCUGCUGUACCUGGACAGGAAAUUUCUCAGGUGACACCUGCGACGCCAGCUAGUCAGGUGAGAACCCAGGUGAAAACACCAGCACUGACCCCUGGAGCACGAGGUGAAUCUUCAGGUGCCGUAGCUGUUCAACAUGAAGCAGUUGUUCCUGUGGCGAUGGAAGCGAUUGCCACAGACUCCAAAAUGAUCGAGAAUGGAGGGUCCGCAGAUCUUCCUCGAGUACUGGAUGUUUCUGGCCAAGGGCAACCAGUUCCCGUGUCCUUGACGCCUGGGACCCAAUCUGGUGCCUCACCGCCGCAGCAACCUCUUUUUGAUGACCAACAACUUCGCAGGUUUCAAGAACUUUUUCAACAAGCUCCUUGGCUGUACCCUGGUGGUUCUGUGGCAUUCCACCAACCAGCCAUUCAACCUCCAAUCUCGAGACCUCUUUUUCUCGAGCAAGAUGAACGUAGGAUGCAAGAAACUGUUGGGAUGGGUUCGCAAUAUGUAUACCCAUAUGGACCUACAGUUGGGGUUCGGGAAAAUUUGGAGUUGAAAAGGGGAAUUAAAGAAGUUUUGGAAGAAAAUAGGAAGUUGAGGGAGAAGGUUGAACGUCUUGAGAAGGCGCAGCUAUCCCAAUCUGAAGAGGAUCCAAAGUUUUCAACACCAACAGGAGAUAACCCAAAGGAGGCUGAGACCCCCUACCAGGAGGCUGAUAGACCACCAAAGGGAAGUCAGUCGUACCACCGUGUUUCAAAGGAGGCUGAGACCCCCCACCAGGAGGCUGAUAGACCACCAAAGGGAAGUCAGCAUGUGCGCCAGGUAUCAAAGGAGGCUGAGACCCCCUACCAGGAGGCUGAAAGACCACCAAAGCCCGAAGGCCGCCAAAGAUCGAAGACCCCAGAAAGAAAGGAGGCUGAUAGACCCCCAAAGAAUGGAAGUGAUGAAGAACCAACGACUGUGAAAGUCAUGCUGAAGCUCAUGGAGGGCAUGCAGGCGAUUCAACGUCAGAUGUUGGAACAUCGAGAUGAGGACAAUGCGACUGAAUCAGUCCGACAAGCUCCAGCACUACCAGCCCUUUCAGAGUGGAGUGCAACUAUGGGUCCAAUUGAUCUCAACGACUGGAUGGCGCUCAUCGAGCCUAUGAUGUGCGACCUUAGCAACUCCAGUGCGCAAUGGUGGCAACAGCUUGUCAUGGAGGCCCACCUUUGGUAUCAACGGCAUCUUCAACUACCACCUCUUGAUCGAGUUGCACAUGUACCAGCUCCCUCACCGGAAUUGGCCAAACCCAAAUGGGCCAGGCUGGAACGUCGAGCUUCGACACUUCUGCUGAUGGCAGUUCCUGAAGGUCAACGAGAAGAACUCAUUUCAGCCAAAAGGCUGAGUGCGAUGGCAAUCAUUUGCCAACUCCUGGUCACUUACCAGCCAGGAGGCCUUGCAGAGAAGGAAUUGAUCCUGAGGUCCCUUGAGCCCCCCCCGGAGUCAGCAAACCUUGUGGAGGCUGUGCAAAGCCUUCGCAGAUGGGCGCGCUGGAGACGACGUGCAGCAGACCUACAGAUCUCCGAGCCGGUCGUCCAUCAGGAGACUUCAAAUGCAUCGAAGAAGCGUGUGGAACCAGAGAAAGCGAAGGACAGAAAUGACCAGUCGCCGCAAAAGCCAAAGAUCCAGAAGGCCGAGGGGGAGGAGACUUCAUCACCGACGAGCUCUACGAAAGGCAAAGAAGAGGAGGUGUCUGAGACAGCUUCUAUGAAGGAGUUGCUUGAGCAGGCCAACACAAUGCUCAAGUCGCUGACAUCAUCUAAUCCAUCUACAUCUUCAAGUACAACAUCAAGCUCCACGGAAAACAAGGAUGAGGUGAUGGACCGACUUCAACAACAACUCAACCAGUUGAAACUCAAGGUGUUCAAGAUCAACCAGAUCUCCCAUGGCCAACAUCAAGGCCUGAUUGACUCGGGGGCCACACAUCCCUUGCGUCCGAGAAGGCCUGGUGAAUGCGAUUUGUCCUACAAGAAGGUUUCAGUGACUUUGGCAAAUGGCGAAUCUACAACUCUGCAGGUGACUCCCGGUGGCAUCAUGGUCACAGAUCGACAUGACGUCGAACCAAUUUUGCCUAUGGGACAGCUGGUCCAUGACUUGGGAUGUCAGGUCAAAUGGGCUGGAGAAACUCUGAAUGUCGUCCAUCCUGUGCGAGGGCAACUACCAGUUGAAAACCGCAAUGGAUGCCCACAGCUUCCAAGGACUUUGGCUUUGGAACUGAUCGAAGAGAUGGAGACAACAGGAGUUCAGAAGAGCAUGAAAAGCAUCAGUUUUGAGAAGGAAAAGAAAUGGAUGGAAGAUCUUGUGGAAAGCCACCCUGUUUUGCGAGGCCUUCCACAACACGUCAAAAGCCGCUUGGUCACUGACAUCGGAGACUGGAAGGAUCUGCCGGUGAACAGAAGACAACGAAAGCGCUUGCAAAGAGAUGGCUUUCUUUUGCACUUGUACGCAGGAGAACAAGAUGGCUUCACCUUGUCAAGAGCCUGGAAGCAGCAAGGUGGAAUGGAGACCCAACUCUUGGAGAUCGAUGUCAAGAGAGGAGAAGGUCACAACAUGUUGCUCGACAAUGGUGUCUACGCUGGACUUCUUCGAGCAGCCCUACAAGAUCGAAUUGAUGCGGUCAUCACUGGCCCAAACUGCCGGACUAGAUCGGUCCUGAGGCACUACCCACGUGAAAAUGCUCCGCGACCAGUGAGGGCAUGGAAUGGUGAAGAGUAUGGAUUGGCUGAUCUGACCCCAGCCGAAAAAAUCCAGGUUGAGGAGGACGACAUCCUUCUUUGGAGAUCGAUCUUCUUGUGGAUGAUCUCAACCUACCUUCGACGAGCUCGACAAGUUCGAAAAGAAGUUGGAUUUCUUUUGGAGCAGCCUGCAACACCGAAAAGCUACAUGCCCCAAUGUGUGUCCUUCUGGGAUACUGAAGAGUGGUCAAAGCUGAAGGAAGAAUUUGAGUUCUCUGAGACCACCUUUUGCCAGUGA